UGAAGGUGUUGCCUCUGAAAUGCAAUUUAGAUCCACGUUCUUGAUUUUUUUUUGGACUCCUUUUAGUAAGGUGUUUGGCAUUGAGCUUAUGUGGCUGGGUGCUUCCAUCCAUUUGAACCUAUACCCCAUUUCUUUACUGGCUAGUAAAUUGGUUCCUGCUGUACUCACAAUUGCUGGUGUCCUCAUUUUUUUCAUGGCUGUCUUUGGGUUUGCUGCUGUUUGGAAGGAGAGCAGUACUAUGAUGAAAGUGUUUCUAAUUCUGAUGAUUCUGGUCUGUCUUGUGGAAGUGGCUAUUGAGGUGUUUACAUAUGUCUUCAGGAGCCAGGUGUACAAUAACAUAACAGGUGGCUUUGAGAAGUCCAUCCAUGGAUAUGCAAGAUCUGUUCAUGGAUAUGAAAAGUCCAAACUGGAAGUUUUGAUAGACCAACUGCAAAUCAAGUUUCUUUGUUGUGGUUCUAACAAUUACACGGACUGGUUUAAGACCACCUUUGGGCAGGCUACUUUGUCAGUUCCAGUGAGCUGCUGUAUCAAUAUGACUGAUUCUUGUGGAAGAGAUGUUUCCUAUCAAACAGCAAAUAUUCAUACAAUGGGUUGUACUGGAAUGCUGACAGCAUGGAUGGAAGAAUGUUUUUCAAUUAUUAGAGGAACUGGUGUUGGCUUUACGUUUGCACAGGUCAUUGGGAUUUUUACAUCGUACCUGUAUAUCAAGAAGCUUCAAGAUAACUAUGUACCAGGCUACUGAUGCAAGCUUUACAGAUAAUUAUCACUGAAUAAUUUGGAUUUAAAUUUUUCUCUCUACCCACUUCAGACUUAAUUUAAAUUUAUCAGUUGAGCAUUCCUGUAAUUUGGAAUUGUAUCUGUGUGCCAAAUGUAGUGUGUGCUAUGUGGACAGUGUAUACAGGAAGUGGUGAAACAGUAUAAUUAACAGUAAUGACUAAUGUGCUAAUAUUUUGAACAUUUUGGUGUAUUUUCUUUAACAUUUUGUAUGGGGGAUCGGGGGGAUUCUUCUAAGUAAAAGC